AUGGUCAACAUCAUCUCCCUCGCCCAGGGCACCACUUUCGGCUGGCUCUCCCCGUACCUGCCACUGCUGAUCUCCAUCACCGAGUCACCACUGAACGCCCCCGUAACGGACAUCCAAGCCACGUGGAUCGCGUCCCUGCUGUGCGUGGGUGCCAUCUUCGGCACGGUUCUGUUCGGCUGGUCAGCGGAUCGAUUCGGCCGGAAGGUGUCCCUUUGCGGGACCGCUCUUCCACUGGUUGGAUUCUGGGCCUGUGUCGCUUUUGGACGGUCGGUUGAGAUUCUGUAUCUGGCACGGGUUCUGGCGGGUUUGGGGGCCGCCGGAGUGUUCCUGCUGGUGCCACUUUAUGUCACGGAAAUCGCUGAGGAUAGAAUACGAGGAACCCUUGGGUCAUUCUUCAUCCUGUUCAUCAACACGGGAACGCUGGUCUGCUUCAUCGCUGGAACUUAUCUUUCCUACCACACAACAUCGUACAUCUUCAUCUUUGUGCCAAUUGUGUUUCUGAUUUGUUUCACUCGACUCCCGGAAACCCCUCAAUAUUUGGUACAUCGAAACAAUUAUCCAGCAGCGGAGAAUGCCCUGAAGAUCCUUCGUGGUUACACCGCUUCUCCCGAGCACGUGGACCUGAUGAAGAAGGAUAUGGCUCAGCUAAUAGCUCAAGCUGCCAACCGUGGUGACAGCUCUGGACUUACGAGGUCCGACUUUGGUCCAUUCUACGUGAAGAAAGCUCUCAUGAUCGGAUUAGUUUUGGUAACCCUAAAUCAACUGUCCGGUUGCUUCGCCUUGAUCCAGUACGCAGCACAGGUGUUUGCCGAUGCCGGAACCGAAAUGGAUUCCAAGAUAUCAUCGAUCAUCGUGGGGAUUAUCCAACUCGCAGGAUCGUACACUUCCACGCUCGUGAUGGAUCGCUGGAGUAGGAAAACCCUGUACAUAGUAACUGCGCUGGGAUCGUGCCUUGGACUUACCAUGAUGGGAGUAUACGCGUAUCUUAGCGUAGCCAAGGUUGACGUCAGUCACCUGUACUGGCUUCCAGUGGCCAGCCUGUCCUUUGUGAUCUUCAUCGCGUCUGUCGGAAUGCUUCCGCUGACGUUUGUGAUCCUGUCGGAGAUUCUACCGGACAAGCUACGAAGCUUCGGGGGAUCCCUCUGCACUACGUUCAUGUGGGUGGUAAGUUUCGUGAUCGUCAAGUACUUUGCGGCCGCCAUUGAAGUGCUGGGGAUGCACGGCAGCAUGUGGUUCUUCGCUGGAUGCUGUAUGUUUGGAGCGGUUUUCAACGGGCUAUUUGUGCCGGAAACUCGGGGGAAGAGUUUGGACGAGAUUAAACUGACGAUGGGGUUCGAUAGUACGGAUAUGUGAGUUUUUGA